GACAAGGCAUCCCUUUCUUUUCUUCAAGUGCUAGAGGUUUCAAUACAAAGCAAACUUGCACUCAUUCUCUCUCUCUCUCUCUCUCUCUCUCUCUCUCGCAUCUUCCCAUCUUUUCUUGAAAGUCCCCAUCUUAUUCUUUCUAAUCUUCCAACAUUCUCUCAACAGAACAAAUACCACUCUCCUCAAAAGCUACCCUUUUUCAACAUUCUCUCUUUCUCCCUUCUUUCUUUUUUGAGUUCUUUAUCAGUUAUUUUCGUUUCAAGACUCGAAAAGAGAGUAACAGAUGUGGCAAAAACAACCCAACAAAUCUUCUUCCUUUAGAGAAUCUCUCAAAGCUGUUGAAGCUGAUAUACAACAUGCCAAUAGCCUGGCAGCUUCUCUUCCAGGAGAUGACGGUGGGGAUCGUGUGCAAAUGAGACUAUCAUAUAGCCCUCUUGCCCCUUUCAUUCUUUUUUGGGUUGAAUGGAUGAAUUAUAGUUGUACAGAUGCCCUCCCUAGUUAUUUAGGCCUCCUCCACAUACUUGUGUACAAGGUUUAUGUUGAUGGGAUGCCAACAUUAUCCUCUAAAGAUAGGAAAGCCUCGCUAACUGAAUUUUAUGCUAUUAUAUACCCUUCGCUUAGGCUGCUUGAAGGAGAGUGUAUUGAAGUAGGAGAUAACCCAAAUAGAAACCAAGGCAGUGAAGUUCCGCGCAGAAAGAGAGUGGAAGACGAGAGGAAGCGAACUGAUAAUGGUUUCGAGAGAGAUGAGGAAUGUGGGAUAUGCAUGGAAGAUAGUGCAAAGAUGGUACUGCCUAACUGUGGGCACUCCAUGUGCAUUAGCUGCUUCUACGACUGGAAUGCGAGGUCUAAGUCCUGCCCCUUUUGUCGCGGUAGCCUAAAAAGAGUGAACUCAAGAGAUUUAUGGGUUCUCAUUAAUAACGGUGAUAUAGUCGAUACUGCAAUUCUUGCAAGAGAGAACCUGAGGCGUUUCUACCUUUACAUUGAGAAACUUCCUCUUUUAAUGCCCGAGACCCAUGCUGUUAUCUUUGAUUACAUGAUCUGAUUCUGAUUUAUGGAGAAAGAAUGUAGUAAACCAUAGGUACAGCCAGCCAGCUGCCCAUUGUACAUAAAGUAUUAUGUGGAGAACUUUGAUCCCAUUCACUGCAGCGGGUUGAGAAGAUGUUUCAAGUCAGUCGUAUAUAAUUAACUAAACCAGUGGUUACAUUCCAGAUGAACUUCAAGCCAUUUGAUUGGCAGAUGACUUUGAAAGUUCAUGAAACCAUCGAAGAUAAGCAGGGGCAAAACCAAAGAUUACGUGCCUGUAAGUAUUACAAUAUGGCAAAUGAAUAGAUGUAAAUAAAAAAACAAUAGAAAAAGUUAUUCUUGGCAUUCAACUCAGCUUUUUGGAACCUGAGUAUUGGAAUGGAAAUAGCUUGAAGUUUGCUUGUGCAUUUGGGUUUCUGCUGCUUAUUAUUAAGUUUUUUGACAAAUACCAUAAAUAAAAAAUAUUAAUGUACAUUAUGAAACAAAACCUUCUGAAUGUCAUCAAGAAAUUUCUGAUAUUGUAGAUUGACAGUAGGGAAAGAGCCUUUCU